CCUUAAGUCUCCUAAACUGCACUUGCCUGCGAAGAUGAGAUUCACGGCGCUUCAGAUUCUUCUCUCUCUGUCUAUCUUUGGCGAUUUUGUCCUCGGACUGUCAGCAGCGGAAUGGCGGACGCAAUCCAUCUACUUCCUUCUGACGGAUCGGUUCGGCAGAACUGACAACUCGACAACUGCGACUUGCAAUACAGGGGAUCAGGUUUACUGUGGUGGAACAUGGCAGGGGAUCAUCAAUCACUUGGAUUACAUCCAAGGCAUGGGCUUCACGGCUAUCUGGAUCUCACCCGUCACCGAACAGUUGUCAGCCUCGACUGCGGAUGGCGAGUCCUAUCAUGGGUACUGGCAGCAGAAAAUCUACUCGCUGAACUCGAACUUUGGCACAGCAGAUGACCUGAAAGCCUUGUCUGCUGCCUUGCAUGCACGCGGCAUGUACCUGAUGGUGGACGUGGUUCCAAACCAUAUGGGAUACGCCGGCGCGGGUAAUACCGUGGAUUAUAGUGUCUUCGAUGCGUUUGACUCCUCGUCGUACUUCCACCCCUACUGUCUGAUCACCGACUGGAAUGAUCUCAACAUGGUCCGAACCUGCUGGGAGGGCGAUACGAUUGUCUCACUUCCUGAUUUGUACACGACCGAGACAGCAGUCCGGACGAUCUGGUACGACUGGGUCAAGGACCUAGUCGCCAACUACUCAAUCGACGGUCUCCGCAUCGACAGUGCUCUGGAAGUCGAGCCGGAUUUCUUCACAGGAUACGUGAGCGCCGCAGGUGUCUACAGCGUUGGCGAGAUCUUCAACGGGAACCCUGCCACAGCGUGUCCGUACCAGGGGUAUCUGGACGGUGUUCUGAACUACCCGAUCUACUUCCAAUUGCUCUACGCGUUCAGGUCCAGCAGCGGCAGCAUCAGCGAUCUCUACAACAUGAUCAACUCAGUUGCCAGCGACUGCUCCGAUCCCACGCUCCUCGGCAACUUCAUCGAGAACCACGACAACGCACGCUUCGCCUACUACACGAGCGAUUACUCGCAAGCCAAGAACGUGCUCUCCUUCCUAUUCCUGUCCGACGGGAUCCCCAUCGUCUACGCAGGCGAAGAACAGCACUACUCCGGAUCAAAAGUGCCCUACAACCGCGAAGCGACGUGGCUAUCAGGCUACUCGACGAGUGCAGAGCUGUACAAAUGGAUCGCGACGACGAACGCGAUCCGCAAGUUAGCCAUCUCGCUCGACAACAACUACAUCACGUACAAGAACAACCCCUUCUACACAGACAGCAACACCCUCGCGAUGCGCAAAGGCAGCGACAACAAGCAAGUGAUCACGAUCCUCUCAAACCGCGGCAGCAGCAGCAACGACUACACGCUCACGCUUUCAGGGACAGGCUACGCAGCCGGCACAACCCUGAUCGAAGCGUACAGCUGCAAGACAGUCACCGUCUCAUCGAGCGGCUCAAUCGCCGUCCCGAUGUCCGCAGGCCUACCGCGCGUCUACCUCCCCGCGUCAUCCAUCAACAAAAGCACCCUCUGCGGCGGAAGCGGCGGCUCCUCCUCCUCCACAACCACCACAGCCACAAAGACAACAACAUCAACACCCUGCACAGCAACCACCACCACCCUAUCCAUAACCUUCAUCGAGCUCGUGACAACAACCUACGGCGAGGAAAUCUACCUCACGGGCUCGAUCGCCGCACUCGGUAACUGGGCUACCUCGGCCGGCGUCAAGCUCAGCGCAGAUAAAUACUCCUCCUCGCAUCCGCAGUGGUACGCUACCGUCAGCGUGCCCGUCGGCACGAGCUUCGAGUAUAAGUUCUAUAAGGUCGGGAGUGAUGGCAGUACCGUUACGUGGGAGAGUGAUCCCAACCGUGCGUAUACGGUUGCGGCGACAGCGUGUGCGGGGGCUACAGCUACUGUUGCGGCGAGUUGGCGGUAG